CAUUUUUCAUCAUUUUGAUAAUAAAAAAAAAUGCUUUCUUUCAGUGAAUUGUUGGAUAGCAAGUAUCAAAAGGGUCACAACAACGUCGUCUCCUGGUCGCCGACGUCGGUGGUGAACAUGACGGACGCUGCAGAUUCCGUCUCGAGCUCAGCCGCGUCGCUGACCCACAAGGAAGCCGAGAGGAGGCGCCGGCAGCGUAUCAACACCCACCUCUCCACCCUCCGUACUCUCCUCCCCAGCCCCGCCAGAACGGACAAGGCGUCGCUGCUGGCGGAGGUGGUGCAACACGUGAAGGACCUGAAGCGUCGGAUGGCUGAGCUGGCUAGGCAGGAAGAGGAUACGUCGCAUUUUCCGGGAGAGGUGGACGAGGCGAGAGUGAGUUGCUACGGCGAAGGGCUUUUGAAGGCGACGCUUUGCUGCGAGGACAGGCCGGGACUCAACCGCGACUUGGUGAAGGCGAUGCGGUCGGUUCGGGUCAGGGCGGUGAAGGCGGAGAUGGUGACGGUGGGUGGGAGGAGCAAGAGUGUGGUGGUGAUGAAGUGGACUGGUGGUGGGGGCGGGGAGGAGGAGUUGAAAAAUUUGAAGGUGGCUUUGAAAGCGGUGGUGGAGGAUAGAGUGUCGGGUCGGGUAUGCAUAUCAGGUAAGCGGGCUCGGUUUUACGGGUCGGUUUAUCGGGAUGAUGGUCGUGCUUGAAAAUUUGAAAGGGAAGCACAUGUAAUAAUGGGUUUUUGGGGUAUAGAAGGGAUGAGUGUCCUGUAGUUUCAAGUUUCAACCAAAGAAAGUUUGAGUCUUUGGUCAAACAGGAUUAUAAAGAAUCAAACUUUUUGGGUGUACUUUGAGGGUUUAGGGGUAUAACAAAGAAAAGACAGUGUGGAAUGCUGAGUUGCCUUGAUGAUAUUAGAUUAGAGUGGUACUGCCGAGAGAAUUUGAUGCAACUUCUAUCUACGCAUAGAAGAGUGCAGUCUUCAUUGCUUCAAUUUUAUGUGUCAAAAGAAGAGAAAUUCUUAGUGUGACCCUCCACUCGCAGAGUGACAUGUAUCAAUUUCUUCCCUCCUCACCAUUGCUUAAAACUGAUAACAAAAAAACGGAUGUCAGAAUAUUAAUAAAUUUGAAUUGUACUUCUUUGUCAGAUAUAGAGUUGAGAAGAGCACACCAAACCAAAAGACUAGACUAAUAAAGGGAUGUAAAUGUUCUCAAACCGAGCGUAGAAAACCCAGAAAUGUUUUUCAUACCCAACUGAGAUUUGAGAAGCCGGGAAGCAUAAACGUAUGGCAAAUUGACCCAUUUGGGUUUGGUGGAACUCC